UGAAUUUUACCUAAGUCGAGCUUCUGGUUUCCUGCUCAAACAAUUAUUUCUCUGAAUUCUACGGUGGAUUUUUUCGAAUGAAAUCCAGCAAUCAAGUGUACAAAUGGCUAACAAUAGGAAAUUUAUAUUUUAUAUUAGUUUUCAUUGUGCAUUUAUGGCAUUAUUUUUGAUUCUUCGAAUUCGAAAUGCGGAUUCUCAAAAAGUUCGUUUUGCUACAAGAUUUCGAAACUUUAGCGUGGCUUCUGAAACAGACAGUAUGUAUUUGAUAAAUAUGACCAUUUUCCAACACGGUAUGGAGCAUAGAUUAGCGGUUUACAUGAAUUUCACCAAAAAUAUCGUAUCAAAAAACAUACAUGUCAUCGUGCAACGUUGCACUUACGAAAGAUUCAGCUGCGAGUAUUUUCAAACGUGGAAAUUUAAUGAAAAUAUCAAAGCUAUCUUAUACAUGAAAAAUCAAAUCUGGACUCCGAUAUUUCAAAAUCUAACGCCAAGGUUAACUUUCCCCGUUGUGCAGAAAGGCAUUUAUCGAGCCAAUAAUGCGACUUUGAAUACGGAUGCUUUGAUGUUGUUUUAUUCGGAAGCUGCGAAGUAUUACUUUAAAGCAGAGGGGAUUCUUUACGAUAAAGAUGAAAAGAAAGCUGGCAUUGUAUUUUUCGAAGUAGGAGUUUUCGAAUACGUUGAACGAAAUCGUAAACAAGAUAAGGGAUAGAGUAAUUUAAAACUUAUGCGAAAUAAAUGUAUCGUAUUCUCUUAUCAAACUAAAUAAAUUUGACAAAAAUUCUGAUUGAUUUGUUCGUUGGUGUAUUAUUACCUACGUUAAUAUGAUUAUUCAUUCGUCUCUUAUUGAUCGUUUUUCAUAAUAAGCUAGUUCGGUUACGUUAUACUAAUCAAUCAAAA